AUGUUGAAAUUGUUUUUCUUUGUUGUUCUCGCCCGGGUUGCCCUGGCGAGUGAUGUGAUUGAAUUCACGGAUGACGAUUUUGACAGUAAAAUUGGAGACCACGGGAUGAUUCUCGUGGAAUUCUUUGCGCCAUGGUGUGGCCAUUGUAAAAAACUAGCUCCGGAGUAUGAGGUGGCAGCCACACGUCUGAAAGGCAUCGUCGGAUUGGCCAAGGUCGACUGCACGGUCCACAACAACGUCUGCCAGAAAUACGGAGUCAGCGGUUACCCAACACUGAAGAUCUUCAGAGAUGGAGAGGACGCUGGUGCCUACGAUGGACCCAGAAAUGCAGAUGGAAUUGUCAGCCAUCUUAAAAAGCAGGCCGGCCCAGCUUCUGUGGAGCUCAAGACCGAGGCAGAUUUCACAAAGUAUGUCGGAGACCGUGACGCAAGUGUUGUGGGUUUCUUUGCUGACGGUGGAAGCCCAGCCAAAGCAGAGUUCCUGAAGUCGGCCAGUGCCCUCCGAGAGUCCUUCCGCUUUGCACACACCAACUCAGAGGAGCUUCUCCAGAAGCAUGGCGUGGAGGGAGAGGGAAUCAUUCUGUUCCGUCCAUCACGCCUCAACAACAAAUUUGAAGAGAGCAGUGUGAAGUUCAGCGAGGACACGUUUACCAACGCCAAGAUCAAGCCGUUCAUCCAGGACAACAUCUUUGGAAUGUGCCCCCACAUGACUGACGACAACAAGGACCAAAUGAAGGGCAAGGACCUGCUGGUGGCCUACUACGAUGUGGACUACGAGAAGAACCCCAAAGGCUCCAACUACUGGAGGAACCGGGUAAUGAAGGUGGCUAAGGGUUUCCUGGACCAGGGGAACAAGCUGAACUUUGCUGUGGCCAGCAAGAACAGCUUUAGCCAAGACAUCGCUGAGAUGGGCCUGGACGCCAGCUCCGGGGAGCUUCCCGUGGUCGGUAUCCGCACCGCCAAGGGAGACAAAUACGUCAUGACCGAGGAGUUCUCACGUGACGGCAAGGCCCUGGAGCGUUUUCUGCAGGACUACUUUGACGGCAAGCUGAAGCGUUACCUCAAGUCUGAGCCAAUCCCUGAGAACAACGACGGCCCAGUCAAGACUGUGGUAGCUGAGAACUUUGACGCCAUUGUGAACGAGGAGGACAAGGACGUGCUGAUUGAGUUCUACGCCCCCUGGUGUGGUCACUGCAAGAGCCUGGAACCCAAGUGGAAAGAGCUGGGAGAGAAGCUGUCCAGUGAUCCCAACAUUGUCAUCGCAAAGAUGGAUGCCACAGCCAAUGACGUGCCAUCUCAAUACGAAGUCAGAGGAUUCCCCACCAUCUUCUUCUCUCCAGCUGGACAGAAAAUGAGCCCGAAGAAAUACGAGGGAGGUCGCGAGGUCAGUGACUUCAUCUCCUACCUGAAGGAGGAGGCCACCAACCCCCUGGUGGCUCAGGAAGAGGAGACGUCCAAGAAGAAGAAGAUCGAGCUAUAG